GGGGGGUCGGAGUCAGCGCUGUGAGCCCCGCUGCGGCUGCGGCUGCUGCACUUCAGCUUCUGAGAGAAGGAGGCCGAGGCCUGGGCCAAGCCCGGAGCCGCCGCUCGCCGGAGCCUCCUGGAGCCCCCGCGCCGGCUCAACCUGGGGGCGGGCUCAGGCCCAGCCCGCCGCCGAGCCCAGGACAGAGGCUGCAUGCCCGAGGACCAGGCCGGCACAGCCAUGGAGGAGGCAUCUCCCUAUUCCUUACUUGAUAUCUGCUUGAAUUUCCUGACUACACACCUUGAAAAGUUCUGUUCAGCAAGACAAGAUGGAACAUUGUGUCUGCAAGAACCUGGAGUAUUCCCACAGGAGGUGGCUGAUCGACUGCUUCAGACUAUGGCUUUUCAUGGUCUACUGAAUGAUGGAACUGUGGGUAUUUUUAGGGGCAACCAGAUGCGCUUAAAAAGAGCUUGCAUUCGCAAAGCCAAGAUCUCUGCUGUUGCUUUCCGGAAAGCCUUCUGCCACCACAAGUUAGUAGAACUUGAUGCUACCGGUGUGAAUGCUGACAUCACGAUUACAGACAUCAUCAGUGGUCUUGGUAGUAACAAAUGGAUCCAGCAAAAUCUCCAGUGCUUAGUGCUGAACUCAUUAACUCUGUCUCUUGAAGAUCCUUAUGAGCGGUGUUUCAGCCGGCUUUCUGGCCUUCGAGCAUUAAGCAUCACCAAUGUUCUCUUUUACAAUGAAGACCUGGCUGAAGUUGCCUCAUUGCCAAGAUUAGAGAGCCUGGAUAUUUCUAACACCUCAAUCACAGACAUCACAGCUCUGCUGGCCUGCAAAGACCGACUCAAGUCUUUAACCAUGCACCACUUGAAAUGUUUAAAAAUGACAACUACCCAGAUACUGGAUGUUGUUCGAGAACUAAAACAUCUGAAUCAUCUUGAUAUUUCAGAUGAUAAACAGUUUACAUCAGACAUAGCUCUUCGCUUACUAGAACAAAAGGACAUCCUACCCAACCUCGUCUCCCUGGAUGUUUCUGGGAGAAAGCACGUGACAGAUAAAGCUGUUGAAGCCUUUAUACAGCAACGGCCCAGCAUGCAGUUUGUAGGUUUGCUGGCCACUGAUGCUGGUUACUCUGAAUUCCUCACAGGCGAAGGACAUUUGAAGGUAUCUGGAGAAGCCAAUGAAACUCAGAUUGCAGAAGCAUUGAAGCGGUACAGUGAACGGGCAUUCUUUGUCCGGGAAGCUCUAUUUCACCUUUUUAGCCUGACUCAUGUGAUGGAAAAAACAAAGCCAGAAAUUUUAAAGCUUGUGGUUACUGGGAUGAGAAACCACCCUAUGAAUUUACCAGUGCAACUUGCUGCAAGUGCCUGUGUGUUUAACUUAACCAAGCAGGAUCUUGCUGCAGAAUAUAAAUGCCUCCCAGGUCGUAUUUAACUACCCAAAACCAGUGACCUGCUCAAAGCCAUGGAACAUUUUCCUAAUCACCAACAGUUACAGAAGAAUUGCCUCCUUUCACUUUGUAGUGACCGGAUCCUUCAAGAUGUUCCAUUUAACAGGUUUGAAGCAGCCAAACUUGUCAUGCAGUGGCUCUGCAACCAUGAGGAUCAAAACAUGCAAAGGAUGGCAGUUGCUAUUAUUUCCAUCCUGGCUGCCAAGCUUUCUACAGAACAGACUGCACAGCUGGGUGCUGAGCUCUUCAUUGUCAGGCAACUUCUUCAGAUAGUGAAGCAGAAAACCAAUCAAAAUUCAGUGGACACUACUUUGAAGUUUACUUUGAGUGCACUUUGGAACCUCACAGAUGAAUCUCCAACCACUUGCAGACACUUUAUUGAAAACCAAGGGUUAGAACUCUUCAUGAGGGUUCUAGAGUCCUUCCCAACUGAAUCAUCCAUUCAACAGAAAGUUCUAGGACUUUUGAACAAUAUAGCUGAAGUACAAGAAUUGCAUUCUGAAUUAAUGUGGAAGGAUUUUAUAGACCACAUCAGUAGCCUCCUACACAGUGUUGAAGUGGAAGUCAGUUACUUUGCAGAAGGAAUUAUUGCCCAUUUAAUAUCUAGAGGUGAACAAGCUUGGACUUUGAGCCGUAGCCAGAGGAAUUCUCUUCUGGAUGAUCUGCAUUCAGCUAUUUUGAAAUGGCCAACUCCAGAGUGUGAGAUGGUAGCAUACAGGUCCUUUAAUCCAUUUUUCCCAUUACUUGGCUGUUUCACAACACCAGGAGUCCAGCUAUGGGCUGUUUGGGCCAUGCAACAUGUCUGCAGUAAGAAUCCCUCAAGGUAUUGCAGCAUGCUGAUUGAGGAAGGAGGGUUGCAGCAUUUAUACAACAUCAAAGAACAUGAACAGACUGAUCCCUAUGUCCAACAGAUUGCUGUGGCCAUUCUGGACAGCUUAGAAAAACACAUUGUACGCCACGGGAGACCACCUCCCUGUAAAAAGCAGUCCCAGUCCAGACUAAAUUGAUAGCCAUAGGUAAUUGGGUAAUAGAAUCACAGGAAUCCUUUUUUGUGAUAGGUUAAUUUUGAAUAUUUUACCUUCUGUGACGUUUUGGGGUUUCAAUGACAAGAGUCAUAGAUUAGUUUGAGAUUGACAACAUAUAGUACUGCCCAUGUGAACAGUCUCUAAUUUGUCUUGUGAUUUUUAACUUAUGAGGCAAGAAGGAUCUCUUCCUUCAUCAUUGCCUUUUAGGAAAUUUUCCACAUCUUUCAGUGUUUAAACUUACCUAUGCUUGAAAUUCUACAGUUUUAUGAUAAAGUUUGCACGAACCCUUAGGCCAGACUUUUCUGAUCCUAAAGACCCUUCCAAUCAGUUUGCAGCUUCAGAUAAGCUGUUAACUUGAUUUCUGGCACUGCUUCAGUUGUAAAUUUUAUACUGCUUCUGUAUAAAAUGCCUUCAUUCUCUGUCUGUGUACCUUUUAUAUGAUGUCCUUCUUAAUGUAAAAGAAUGGAAAUCUGAAUCUUCUCCUUGCAAAAGUUACUCACUGGCUGGAGCCCGGGUGGCUGGCAGAAAAAUAUAUUAAAAAGAAAAGCUAUUAAGGGAGAAUAGGAUUUAGAAACUGGUAAAAGGUCUGCUCUUAUGGUAUAGUUUUUAAAUUGGGGCAGCUAUCCUUCUGGAGCCCACCGCUCCUGAGGCAGUGAGCAGUAAUUUGUUUUUCAUGUUUAUUCCUGGAAGCAUGAGCUGCUGCUUCCAAUACAGACGGCUGGUUAUUCUCUAGAAAUAUUUCCCCAAGCAUCACAGUGUAAAAUAAUACAGCAUUCUGUGUUAAAGAUUAACUGUCUAAAUCUGUAUAUGUCACAUUGUUGUGAAAAUGUGAAUUUUUAAAAUGUCUCUUGUUAAAAUCAACCAUUCUUUUCCCUCUAUUUCAAAGUCAUUUUGUUCAGUGGAAUAGAGAUUACACAUGGUGUUACCUGCUCAGUUAAAAUACAAUUAACAACAGUAAAUUUUGCCAUUAGAAGUUAAAUUUUCUUUUGUUUAAAAAUACAUGUAUCUUAAGGUUUUCAUGUUAGAGAAAGAUGUCCAUAUUUUAUUGCCAAAAAUGAAAAAGAAUUAGACUAUUGUUAAAUGUAGUGAUUCUUGUUGCAGUGCAUAAAAGGAAAUAUUUUGGGGAUUACUUUUUAGACAAGUGUCUUUCAUUUAAGAUACUAUUACAGUAUAAUAAAAGAUCAGUUAUCAUUAUAUCAGCAAUGAAAGUUGGGAAGCAGCAAGUCAGCAAGAAACUUAAUUCCCAUUUAAAAUUUUAGUUUUUGAAUAAGGUUAUUCACAAUUUCAGAUUAUUGCAUUAUUUUCAUAGAUGGCCAAAAUGUUUCAAUAGAGAUUUUAAAUGGUAUGUUUAAAUUACAGUGAUUAUUCAGAAGCAUUUUAUUUAGAAAGGAGCUGGUUUACUAGUAUGCCGAUAACAUUUUUGACAUAUACAUUUCAUACCACUGUACAGUAAUCAUACUUGAAUUGUUUGGUUUUCCUCAACAGGAUAAAAACUUAAAAAAAAAUAGAUAUUUAGAACCAUUAAAAACCAAUUAAAUUGUGGGUUAAUUCUCACUUUAUUGUUUAAUAAAUUUUUAUAAGUACAGGAUAAAUUUUCACAGAUUAAAUCUAUCUCAGAGGAAAUGAAAAAUUUUUUUUAAAUUUUUCCCUUUUUUUCUGAAUUUUAAUGUGUAGGCAAAACGUGAAAAAUAGGGUAGCCUACAGUAACUUGAAAGUUGCUACUAGCUAUAUUGACCAUUUCCAGGUCUCUUAGCUUGUAUAAUUAAGGGAAAGCCUAUUUGAGAAGUUUGGCUUCAAGUUUCUUUUAUAUUCUGUUCAACACAAAAGUGCUUGUUCCUUAUAGGCUAAUCCUAGAUUUUUGUCUUUACAAAUUGUUUUCAAAAAUGGCUAAAAAUGUAUAGAAAACAAUAAAUCUUUUCAUCAGUCAGAAUAACUUGUUGAUAGAUUAAGACUCAAAAAUAUUUAAAUUUUCUACUUUGAACACUGGUUGGCCAGAUACCUCUGAGUCUUAAAAGCAAAAUAAAUUAAUCACGUCCCAAAUAUAUAAAAAUUGUAGUGCCUUAAUGGUUAGGACGGUUCUUAAAAUUGUGUAUCUAAUUAAGGCACAGAAUUGUUUCUAAGGUCUUGAAUCUGGCUAAAACAUAUUUAGCCAGAUGUAUAUAUUGAAAUUAUAAGGCGUAACUGGCCUGUUUCUACAGUUAGAAUCUUUUAGGCCUCCACUUUGCAUUUGUAUAAUAGAAUGUAACAGUACUUGGUGCCUUCAAAGGUUACCUCUUCAGUGGCUUAGAGGUAUUGUUUUAAGCACAAUUUAGACAGGUCGAACCACUCACUGCUCAAAUCAUAGGUGCGCCCAGAUAUUGUAAAAUAUCACUAUAACAAUCAACAGCAAGGUUUAAAUCUACUAAAGGAAAUGGAAUUAGACUUUUUAGAGUAUAAUGAUGCCUGUUGGUAUCAUUGAGUAAAACAGGAACAACCUGAAAUUAAAGCAAAAAUAAUUAAGCCAUCUCAUCCUUUCCAUCAAGUAAGUUUGGCUGUGGUCUUUGGACUCUAAAAAAUCAUUUUUUUUUUUUUUUGCAGCUGAAACAAAUCAAGUAGUAAUAAGGGUUUCGUUUACCCUCUAGCCAAGGACUCAGUGGCUACUGAUCUUACUUGAGGAUUUUUAAAAUCAUAUCUGACCCACAAAUCCAGAAAUUGACCUUAAAUAUUGCUGCUCCUCAUUUCUGGACAGAAAUACUGUUUAGUGGCACCUGUCAGCUAAAGUGAAUUACCCAAAGUGGAAGUGAGUCACUAUAAGGGUGCUAUGGGAAUUUAAUUUUAUGAUCUCUUUUGAGUGCAAACAUCCAAAGAAUCAGGGAUUCAAGCUUAAAAAACAUCAGUCCUAUGUAUCCAAUUUAGGAAGUUGCUUUUACUACUAAUGGGAUCUUUUGAGUUAGCCCUUUUUCUCUACAGUCACUUUCAUUUGGCUAUAUUUUAAUUAUGCCAUGAGUCAAGAUAGCAUUGGGCCGUCUUCUAGCACUUUGGAGCACAUUUUAAUGAAAACAUUUUAUGUGCUAAAUUAGGGUAGAUUAGAUUAAUGAACCAUGGUUUGGGCUUAAUGUUUCAAAAUGCAUGACACCCCUCCCCAAGUUUGAAAAGAGGUCUUGAGUAGCAAGGAGAACAAACUUAAACUGUUUUGUAUAUGUUGAAACCCAGCCCUCUACUGCCCUCUAAUGAUAUGUUUACAUUCUUUGGUUAUUGUGCAACAUUUAUCUUGGGAUAAACAGUAUUAUUAAACUGAAGGUGUAAGUUAAAGGCACUAUCAGACUGUCAGCUGAUGUGGGCAGUUUUAUCUGUAUGUUACUUAUUUGGGGACUUUAUGGAUAGAGCCUCAGAGUAGUGUUCUAAGACGGCUUACAGAGAGGUUUGCAAACUUACGGUUUCCCUCUCAAGUCCAUUGUAGCAGUUUCAAAUGAUUGUGUGAAUAUGUUGAAUGUUUAAUCUUUAUCAUUUCCUUUGUAUUGACACAUUUUUAAUUUUUAGCAUUAACUCAUAAACUGUUUGUUUUAGUAAUAAUGCAAAUCCAGCCUUUAUUCAGUGAUGACAGUAGCAGUAUGAUAGGAAAAUUUGUUGAAUGUGAUUUAAAUGAGUAAUUGCUUUAUAUUUUUUAGUAUUUCAUAGACUUUGCAUGACAUGGUACACUCCUAAUUAUACAUUCUUUGGUUUCCAAUUCUUAACCUAACGUUCUGUGUUAACUGAUUGGUAGCUUAAGAAAGAGCUUUCUCUGCCCGUUUCUUCCCUCCCCCCAAUUUUUUUGGGUAAAUUAUGGAAAAUCAGUGUUGUUUCUCAUUUCUUUAGAUAAAGCAGAGUUCUUUUGGACAGCACAACCUAACUUCGUAGCUAGACAGAAUGACUAUUAAGAAUAUUUAGAAAAUUUAUCCAAAUUUAUCAAAAUUAUUUUAUGGGAAAUUAUAAAUCUAGUUCAUUAAUAGUAUCUGCUCAAUUUUGGACUUACUUUUGGGGAAACUUCAAAUUGGAUUCUUUAACCUUAUUUUAAUCAAUAGAAGCAAGAAGCCUUGCUUAGUUAAUGGAAGCUGAGACACUUUCAUAAAAGCAGGAAAUUCUUAAGAACAUUUUUUUCCCUUUAAAAAUGGGAGGAUGUUAUAUCAAGAUUUUUACUCUCAGAUAAUCUGCAGGAAUAAAAUUUAAAAAUCUCUACUUUUGUAGAAUUCCCACUGUCAAAUUCUCAUUGACUUGUGAGUGUGAGAAAAGCUAUCUUUUGUUUAAAUUCUGAUGGAUGCAUUUAACUCCUUUCAAAAGAUAUGAAAAAUUCAUUGGAAAUUAUAAUGUGUAUACAUUUCAAAGGCUCUCAGUUAUCUGAACUGAAGGCAUUGUUCUCACUUCAGCCAGAUGAAUGGCAGUGUUCUGUACGUGAAUCAUGCUAUGUUUUAAAUCAGGACAUCACUUAGGUAUUAAUAUUGUAUGUACAGAUUUUUGUUUUGGGAAUUUUUUUUGCCUAAAUAAAUGUUAUAAAUUUUA